UCUGGUUUACUUCCCUGCGAGCGAGAGCGAGAGCGAGAGAGCGAUGAGUGCCGGAGUGGGAAACCCUAACGAUUCGAAGGUGGAAACGAUCGCGAGGCUGGCGCAGUGGAGGAUCGAGAGCUUUGGCCCUUGCUCCUACCGCCGCUCGGAUGCCUUCAGGCUCGGCAUCUGGAACUGGUACCUCUCGGUCGAGAAGAAUCGGUACAUGCACAUCCGGCUCUUCCCGGAGCCCUGCCGGGUCUCAAAGGAGCAGCUCCCCGUCGCUCGAUUUGUGGUUCGGGUCUUCUCCCCUUGUCUUGGCCACCGAUCCUAUGUGUCGCCUGUUUAUGAGAAGCUUCUCCGUACCAGUGAAGACUUUGUAUGGGUCACUGAUUUUAAUUCUCCUGGAUGCUUCAUAGUUGAUGUGGAGUUUCUGGACUUGAAGAUAGCUCCAUUGCACGGUGGAGAUCCUUCUUCAAUCUGGUCUAACGGACGGAUGCCGCAGACACUUUCAAGCAAAAACACUAUCCGAUGCCUCUCUCGAAUGCUCGAGGAGGGUAUCCAUGCUGAUGUUACCAUCAAAACUUCAAACGGUCUCCUGAAGGCCCACAAAGCAGUUCUUGCCGCAAGCUCUCCUGUUUUCGAGAGCAUGUUCCUGCACAAUCUCAGGGAGAAAGAGUCAUCGAUGAUCGUUGUAGAGGACAUGUCGCUGGAGGCUUGCUUGGCACUUCUUUGUUACAUGUAUGGCACAAUAGUACAGGAUCAGUUCUGGAAGCAUAGACUUGCGUUGCUCGGCGCGGCGGACAAGUAUGACAUCGGCGACCUCAAAGACUGCUGUGAGGAGAGCCUCUCGGAGGACAUCAGCUCCGACAAUGUCCUCGAGAGGCUUCAUGAGGCAUGGCUCUAUCAACUUAACAAGCUGAAAAAGGGAUGUCUGACAUACUUGUUUGAUUUUGGCAAGAUAUAUGAUGUGAAAGACGAAUUAAAUGCCUUUUUCCGCCAUGCUGAUAGGGAGUUGAUGUUGGAGAUGUUCCAAGAAGCCCUUACUGCUUGGAAGCCUGCAUGACCAUGGACUUACUGUUCUGAAGUAACUUAAUGCUUUGUUAUUAGGAGGUAUGAAUGUUCUUUCAUGAUCAAGCUAUGAAUAUUGUUGUUUCUUCUCGCUCA